CAGGGCCCUAGGGCAUCAGACACCGACAUCGUAUAACUAUGUAUUUGUCACCAGCGCUAGCUCCCCAACUCCAUGUCAGCGACCAACUUCGAUCUCGUUUCGACGACCAGGCGCGAUCCGCAACUGCUGCAUGUCGAGUGGAACACCGCUGCCAACUCUGGUGCAACCUCUCCGUAUCUGUUGCUUGCCUAUCAUCAUGAUAGACUGCGCGAUGCCGCCGAGCACCACAACUGGUCCGUUCCGCAAGAUUUCUCUGUGUCAAAGCUCGAGGAUCUCUGCGGCGCAGCGUUGACGAACGCAAGGGUCGGUUCCCGCGAUCUCGUGGCCAACGAUCUUGCGUCCGACGAACACUACAGGAUUCGUAUCCUCCUCUCAGCAGGAGGCUUCCUCUCUGUGACCGCAUCUCGUACCCUGCCUAUCCCCAUCCCUGACCCCUUGGCACCUUCGCUCUGGUUGCCAACCGCACCGUCCCCCGAUCCGCCAGACUUCGGCCUAGCCCUCUUAGCGAUCCACCUGGACACCAUUGCCACACCCUCCAGUGUGUUCACACGCACCAAGACGACACACCGCGACCACUAUAACGCCGCUCGCAGUCGCUUUGGCAUACCCCCUCCCCCCUCUCCUUCGUCGGACGAAGUCUUGUUGUUCAACGAAAACGACGACAUCACGGAGACCUCGAUCCGCAACGUUGCAUUUGCACGCCGCUCGCCUCUCCGGUGGGUGACGCCGGCUAGCUCCACGGGAUGCCUCCCUGGCGUCGUGCGGCGUUGGCUGCUCGAGCAUGGACGAAUCGUAGAAGCAAAUGAAAGCGAGCUCCAGAAGGAUGGAAUUGUCAAGGGGGAGUACGUCCUAACUUUCAAUGGUGUAGAAGGUUGCCGGUUAGGACAGAUACAGUGAUCAGUUCAAUCGCGAGUUGUAUCACCUAACAUCAGGUGUUCAGCCACAUCUGUGCGAGAUCAUUGAAUUGGAUGAAUUACGUCG